AAUUGACUUGCUGAAGCAGACAUACGGACAUUCUCUUCGUGUAAAUUCAGCCAGACAUUUUCUAGUGUUAGAGCGUUUUCUUUUUUCUUUCUUUCUUUCUUUUUUUUUUGGGGGGGGGGGGGGGGGAGAGGAGUCUAUACAUCUCAAGAAAUAUUCUGGAGUUGUAUCUAUGGCUGAUUUCAUAAUUUUUUUUAAAUCCACGGCGGUACAUUCUUUUUCUCUCUAAUGUUCCCGGUUAAGGGACGCCUUGCUCGGCCUGACCUGAGCGUAUGGGCAGAUGUUGCUUGCACAGUCGGUUUUUGCUUUUUUAACCAUUGGCUAUAGCAACUGAAUUAAAGAAAGGAUCGGGAUUGAACGCUCGCCAACUUGAUUUUAUAACUGAACCGAACAAAGCUGUUGUUCAGCUACGUCUUCUUCUUUUUUUGUUUUUCAGUUCCAGACCUUAAUGAUAAACACGAACGAACGCGAUAUAAAACAUGAAAGCUUGCGCAACAACCAUUCGUGUUUUUUUUUUUUUUUUUUCUCUCUCUCUUACGCGGCUAAAUUGGCAAUAUUCUGCUGCCCGCGCUGUCGACUCUCCGGACGUCGUGCACUCAUUGACGCGGCGCUGCUCGUGCAAAGCUGGCGGGCGCGCCGCCGCUACGACCUUAUCGCUCCUUCUUGGGUAAAAGGGAGCCGGUUUGUGCCGCCCCGCUGCACGUGACGCAGCGGCCCGUCGCGUCUCUAAAGGGGAACCGUCGGCGGCACUGCACGCCACACCUGCGUAUACGUCCGCUGCGAACGCGUUGCUUUUCGGAGCGGAGUUACGAGAGCCGUCCUGCCCGUACGAAACCGUUAGCGUCGGUCAUGAGGGAGUGUAUCAGCGUCCAUAUCGGUCAGGCUGGUGUUCAAAUCGGCAACGCUUGCUGGGAACUUUACUGCCUCGAGCAUGGCAUUCAGCAAGAUGGCCGGAUGCCCAGUGACAAGGUGUCAGGUGGGGUCGACGAUUCCUUCAGCACUUUCUUUGCCGACACCGGCUCUGGCCGGCAUGUCCCACGGGCCGUGUUCGUCGACCUCGAGCCGACUGUGGUCGAUGAGGUCCGCUCUGGUGCCUAUCGGCAGCUCUACCACCCCGAGCAGCUGAUCUCUGGCAAGGAGGACGCAGCCAACAACUAUGCACGUGGUCACUACACAAUCGGAAAGGAGAUCGUCGACCUAGUGCUUGACCGCAUACGCAAGCUGGCCGACAUGUGCACGGGCUUACAGGGCUUCCUCGUCUUCCACAGCUUUGGCGGCGGCACCGGCUCCGGAUUCACGUCUCUCCUCAUGGAGCGCCUCUCAGUUGACUACGGCAAGAAAUCUAAGCUCGAGUUCUCCAUCUACCCUGCGCCACAGGUUUCUACUGCUGUUGUUGAGCCUUACAACUCUAUCCUGACCACACACACGACGCUGGAACAUUCCGAUUGCGCCUUCAUGGUUGACAACGAGGCUAUCUAUGAUAUCUGCCGCCGUAACCUGGACAUCGAACGACCCACAUACACCAACCUGAACCGUCUCAUCAGCCAGAUCGUGUCCUCGAUCACAGCUUCGCUCCGCUUCGAUGGCGCACUUAACGUCGACUUGACCGAGUUCCAGACCAACUUAGUGCCUUACCCCAGGAUCCACUUUCCACUGGUGACGUACGCUCCCGUCAUCUCCGCUGAGAAGGCCUACCACGAACAGCUUACCGUGGCAGAGAUCACCAACGCCUGUUUCGAGCCUGCCAACCAGAUGGUCAAAUGCGAUCCGCGCCACGGAAAGUACAUGGCCUGCUGUAUGCUGUACCGGGGCGACGUGGUGCCUAAAGACGUCAACGCUGCCAUCGCGGCCAUCAAAACCAAGCGCACCAUCCAGUUUGUAGACUGGUGUCCAACAGGGUUCAAGGUGGGCAUCAACUACCAGCCACCAACGGUGGUGCCAGGAGGCGACCUGGCUAAGGUUCCUCGUGCUGUCUGCAUGCUGUCCAACACGACAGCCAUCGCCGAAGCCUGGGCUCGACUGGACCAUAAGUUCGACCUCAUGUACGCCAAGCGCGCCUUCGUCCACUGGUACGUGGGCGAAGGCAUGGAGGAGGGAGAAUUCUCCGAGGCCCGCGAAGACAUGGCCGCCCUCGAAAAGGAUUAUGAGGAGGUCGGCAUGGACUCCAACGAAGUAGUUGACGAGGGCGAGGAGUACUAGGAACAACGCUGCCUUCCUGAACAAGAAAGGGGAAGAAAGCCCUUCACUUUGUUCUAAUAAAAAUUGAAUAGCAGCAAUAA